UGAUGGCAAGCAAAGCAUUAGCUCAAUUAGGUAUGACAGCGCCUAAUCGUGAUAUACACGACCUUUUCAACAAAGAACUGGAGCGUGAACAGCAGUAUGAUCGUGCCGAGCUUAAUGCGUUCGUGCAAAACAAUGAGCCACGGUUAAAUAUCAACCAAAGAACGGUUUACGACCAAAUAUUGCGAGCUAUCGAAGAACAACAUGGUGGAGUGUUCUUUUUGGAUGCAGCUGGAAGUACCAGAAAAACAUUUGUCAUUUCGAUUAUUUUGGCUACCAUUCGAGCACAAGGUAGAAUCGCAUUGGCUUUGGCUUCGUCUGGCAUCGCUGCCACAUUAUUGGAUGGUGGUCGCACGGCGCACUCUGCCCUUAAGUUGCCCUUGAAUAUGAAGGCUGACGAUAAUCCUACAUGCAACAUUUCAAAAAGAUCUGCAAUGGCGAGAGUGCUGCAGCAAUGCUCUCUUAUUGUAUGGGAUGAGUGUACUAUGGCCAACAAGAAGUCACUGGAAGCACUUAAUCGUACGUUGAAAGAUAUUCGUGGAGAUAAUCGAUUGUUUGGUGGUGCAUUGAUAUUGUUAGCAGGUGAUUUCAGACAAACAUUGCCUGUAGUCAAACUAGGAACUUCUGCAGAUGAAAUUAAUGCGUGUUUGAAAACAUCUAAUUUGUGGCGCUCUGUGAAAACACUUAGAUUGACUACAAAUGUACGUGUUCAAUUGCAAAAGGAUGCUUCAGCAGAUUUGUUUUCCAGACAACUGUUAAACAUUGGUAAUAGCAUACUUCCCGUUGACAAUUCUGGCUUCAUAACGCUUCCGAAUAAUUUUUGCACUUUUGUGUCAUCGAAGGAAUACUUGAUUCAGAGCAUGUUUCCAAAUAUUGUACAAAAUUAUAGACACUGUGACUGGUUGAGGGAAAGAGCAAUUUUGGCCGGAGCAAAUAAAGAUGUCAAUGAGAUCAACGCAUCUAUUUUGAAUUCCAUCCCAGGAGAAAUGGUUGCGUAUAGGUCGAUUGAUACAAUUAUCAAUCAAGAUGACAACUUCAUGCCAACGUUCAAGAUUCAAGGUCAAAUAUACCAUCGAGCUGGCUCUUUGUUACCUUUCGACAACGCAGACCACCAAUUUUUGCAAUUAUAUUUUAUCGGGAACGCGGAAGACGAAGCUGAUCGUCGGUGUGCCAUAAUUACCAACACGCGAAGACAAAUUAUUUUCGAUUUGCAAAAUAUGUUCCAAUUAUCAAUCAAGAUGAUGCUGUAAAUUAUCCAGUCGAAUUUCUAAAUUCAUUGGACUUACCUGGUUUGCCGCCAUACUAUUUACAAGUAAGAGUUGGAGCCACCAUAAUUAUGCUGCGGAACCUUAAUCCACCACGACUUUGCAAUGGUACAAGACUUGCUAUGAAAAAAGUUAUGACUAUUGUAACGUACCAUGGUUCUACCCAUGGCUCGUUACAAACAACUCCCACCGCGACACCUCCACGGUAGGCAGCAACCAAAAUUCAACUAAGAUAUGCAGAACAGAA